CAUAAUGGCCAAAUUAGUUCACAACGUCCAAAAGAAGCAACAUAAGGAGCGUUCCCAACUCACAGAGAGGGCCAGAUUUGGUCUCUUGGAGAAGAAGAAGGACUACCGUCUCAGAGCUGCCGAUUAUCACAAGAAGCAAAAUGCAUUAAAGGCUUUGAAGCUGAAAGCCCAAGCCUACAACCCCGAUGAAUACUAUCAUGCCAUGACCAAGAAGUCCACUGACGAACGUGGUGUUCUUAUAGCAGACAGAGGAAAUGAGCUGAUGUCUGUGGCGCAAGUCAAGUUGUUGAAGACACAGGAUGUCAACUACGUGAGGACCUUGAGAUUGAAUGAGUUGAAUAAGAUUGAAAAAUUGAAGAAGGACUUGGACUUCAAAGCUGGGGGACAGCACACUGUGUUCGUGGAUUCCGUUUUGGAACAACAGAACUUGACCCCAGAAGAGUUCUUCAAUACUGAUUCCAGUUUGAUAGAUAGAAGAGAGAACAGAUUGAGAAUAUCCCAAUUGCAAAGUAACGAGAAGCUCAUCAAGCAAGAUACCUUGGACGACCAGAAUUUGAUAGACGACCAGAACAAAGAGAAGUUGAAGCAAUUUAAGAUAUUGCAACAAAGGCUCAAGAGAGUGGAGGAGUUGAAGGAGGUCGAAGCCAAGUUGGAACUCACCAGAGAGUUGAUGAAGAACGGCAACAAGAAGAAGGUUGUGGAUGGAAAUGGAAACGUUCAGUUUAAGUGGAAAAACGUGAGAAAGAGGUAAUUGCAUAUAGGUUAAUGUAUAUUAGAUGUCUACAGAAAUCAGUAGUGAG